ACAUCAGUGCAAGUGCGGUCACUCUCGUGUGUGUUUUAUUUAUCUUCAACGUGCUCGUUCACAAGACUGUGGGAAGACCUCUAAACGCCAGCUACAAAUUAUUCAAGUACAAAAAUCUUCUUCAAACUGCGAAAGAAAUUAACGACAUUGCUGAUGAGACAAUAGAAGAAUUUGUAAGUACUGACGUUUUUGUCUGUUUUUAUCCAAUUCACUCACAUACUGUAUAUAAUGCUUGUGAUGUUACUCUGAGUGUAUAUCCACACCGGGUAAGCUUGAAAGAUAUGCCUGGCCACGGUUGGAACUGUGGCCAGGCAUAUUUUUCAAGCUUACCCGGUGUGGAUAUACACUCAGAGUAACAUCACAAGCAUCAUAUUCACCUUAAGGCCAUGUUACACGGUGCAAUUUUUCAGCUUGCAACUUGCAAUGCAAUUCUACUCCUGAGAGAUGUAAAAUUGCCAAAUACGAGUCUUCAUUACACUCCGCUGAUGUUUUCUCAACAUAACGAAAAUUCUUCACUGAUUUCACUAAUUGACAUCUCUCAAGGGUAGAACUGCAUUGCAAGUUGCAAGAAAAAUUGCACCGUGUAACAUGGCCUUUAGGCUUAGUACAUUACACCAACACAGAAAAAUACUGUAUAUAAUUUAAAUACUUGGUUAUCUUUGUUCCAUACUAUGCUUACAGAACAAUGGUAACUAAGCGUGCGAGUUAUCUGAAGUGAACUGCUGCUAAUAAUUAUUUCGUUCUGUUAUUUAGAAAUCAAAGUCUUUGUUUGGUUAUCAUGUAAAACAAUCAAUUUUAAUUUGCAACGUCACAUACAAAAACCUUAAUUUGACAGUAAGUAACAUGUUGUUGUUGUUGUUUGUUGUUGUUGUUUUAACAGAAUUACUUGUUGUAGAGUUAAGCAUAGUUAGAUCAUACAGAGGUACUACAUGUUCUUGAACGUGGGUUACCUUAAAAUGAUCUGAUGAUGUAUUUAACUCAAUACUGAGUUAAGCUAGCAUGGUAAGAUCAAUGUGGGCUAUCUUAAAGUAAUCUGACGUCAUCUUUUAUUUGCAGGAAAGAGAGAAAUUAAUCGUGAACGAGAAAAAAAUACGCGUAUUCCUUAAACCGCUGACCAAAGUCACCGCUGACAUAAAGAAGCAACCAAAUGCAACCCAUUUCCUAAAUGAUUUGAUGUUGUUGCGGUACAAGGUCAUCGACUUGAUUUUGACAGUAAAAUAUGUUGUAAGUAUAAACACUAUAAUAACUCAGUAAGACAUGAUCCUUACUGGACCCCUAGGAAGAACAGUUUAAAACUGAUAGAAAAUCUAGUAUAAAUAAAGUUAGUUUAGUAUAGGUUUCCUCCCGUAGUGACACUGGAUCAAUAAGAGAUGAUCCUUACUGGACCUCUAGGGAGAACAGUUUAGAACUGAUAGAGCAAUCCAGUAUAAAUAAAAUUAGUUUAGUUUAGGUUUCCUCCUGUAGUAACACUGGAUCAAUAAGAGAUGAUCUGAUCUUUACUGGACCUCUAGUGAGAACAGUUUAGAACUGAUAGAGGUAUCCACUAUAAAUAAAGUUAGUUUAGUUUAGGUUUCCUCCCGUAGUAACACUGGAUCAAUAAGAGAUGAUCCUUACUGGACCUCUAGAAAGAACAGUUUAGAACUGAUAGAGCAAUCCAGUAUAAAUAAAAUUAGUUUGGUUUAGGUUUCCUCCCGUAGUGACACUGGAUCAAUAAGAGAUGAUCCUUACUGGACCUCUAGGAAGAACAGUUUAGAACUGAUAGAGCUAUCCAGUAUAAAUAAAGUUAGUUUAGUUUAGGUUUCCUCCCGUAGUGACACUGGAUCAAUAAGAGAUGAUCCUUACUGGACCUCUAGGAAGAACAGUUUAGAACUGAUAGAGCUAUCCAGUAUAAAUAAAGUUAGUUUAGUUUAGGUUUCCUCCCGUAGUGACACUGGAUCAAUAAGAGAUGAUCCUUACUGGACCUCUAGGGAGAACAGUUUAGAACUGAUAAAGGUAUCCAGUAUAAAUCAAGCUAGUUUAGUUUAGGUUUCCUCCUGUAGUAACACUGAAUCAAUAAGAGAUGAUCUUUAUUGGACCUCUAGGAAGAACAGUUUAGAACUGAUAGAGUUAUCCAGUAUAAAUAAAGUUAGAUUCGUUUAGAUUUCCUCCUGUAGUAACACUGGACGUCUAGGGAAUGCAGUUUAUAGAAGUAGAACUGAUAAAACUAAUCUCAAAUAAAUCAAAUAAAUCAUGUAUUUCUCUUGUUACCUUUUAGGAAAGACAUUUGCAUAACGAUAUACCACAAUCCAAUAACACCAAGACAAGACAAGCCAGUGGUCCACCGUACCAGACACCCUCAAAUAUCAGCCUAGGAAAUAAAAUAGUCAGUUUGCUUCAGUGCUUUCGACAAGAACUGUUUUAUUCUGCACGCUUUUACCAAGAUAAGGUGAAAGAACUAAAAAAUGCCAA